GUGGGACGAGCCCAAGGAUCAAUUGAGUUGAGUUGUUCCUGCUUUGCUUGGGAAAAUUCAAAAUGGCAUGUUCUGGCGUAAGUUCACUAAUGAAUCCCUCCCUCUUCUUCGCCACAUCCCAACUCAAUAAGGGCUUGCCGUUUUCAGCCCAUUCCACUCACAGCGCCGCCACCACCACCACCACUAGCUUUGGAUCUCUGUCGGUCAGAGUCAGAGCAUCAUCAUCAUCAUCCGAAGGGAUGGCCACAGUGGAGGAGAAGCUGGGCAUCAAGAUUGAGAGGAACCCUCCCGACUCCAAACUCACCCAGCUCGGUGUUCGCAGUUGGCCCAAGUGGGGUUGCCCUCCCAGCAAAUUUCCGUGGACAUACAGUGCCAAGGAGACAUGCUACCUCUUGGAGGGGAAGGUGAAGGUCACCCCUGAUGGAGCAAACGAGGCAGUCCAGAUAGGAGCAGGUGAUCUGGUGGUGUUUCCCAAGGGAAUGAGUUGCACCUGGGAUGUUUCUGUUGCUGUGGACAAGCACUACAAAUUUGAGUAGUAGCUAGCUCCAUUAAGCACGAACUCCGGCUGAUUGCACUUGCAGCGUUUUUUUCGUUUUAAUCUUUAGUUAGGUGCACAAACAAUUGCAGCUUAAAAUGAAUGGUGCUGGACCUGGAUACAUAUAUGCGUGUGUCCAUACAUAUAUAGACUAAGUAGUUUGUGGUUGCGGCUGCGGCUGCGGUGUGUGUAAUAUAUCAGACCUCCCUCUCAAAUAAAGGCUGGCUGCUGUAUUCUGCCGGUCGUCUCUCAAUUGACCUUA